CAGCAUCCUCCUCCCGCCGGCGGGGGGCCGCUCUCUCCCUCCCCGCGCUGUUCCAAGCUUGGAAGUUGGCGAGAACGCAGAAGCGACGGGUUUUUGGUUGGUUUUUUUUGUUGUUGUUGUUGUAUUUCCCCCUCCUCCCCCCUUUUUUUUUACCACCGAGCAAAACUUUGUUUCUCGCCGUCGCUCUGAUCCCGCGGGCGGAGGAGCGGCCGUCCCGCCCCGUCGCGGGGCCGGAGAGGGGCGGGCGCCCGUCGAUGCCCGCCGAUGUUAGCGGUGGGGCAGAUGGAUGCUAACCGGCAGAGCGCGUUCGUGCUGAGCAGCACGCCGCUGGCCGCGCUGCACAACAUGGCCGAGAUGAAGACCUCCCUCUUCCCCUACGCCCUGCAGAACCCCUCCGGCUUCAAGGCGCCGGCCCUGGGCGGGCUCGGCACGCAGCUGCCCUUGGGGACCCCGCACGGAAUAAGCGACAUCCUGGGGCGGCCGGUGGGCGCCGCCGGGAACCUGCUGGGCGGGCUGCCCCGCAUCAACGGGCUGGCGGCCUCCGCGGGGAUGUACUUCAACCCCGCCGCCGUGUCCCGGUACCCCAAGCCGCUGGCGGAGCUGCCGGGGCGGCCGCCCAUCUUCUGGCCGGGAGUGGUGCAGGGAUCCCCGUGGAGAGACCCGCGCCUCUCCUGCCCCGCUCAGACGGGGAUGGUUUUGGACAAGGACGGCAAGAAGAAACACUCGCGACCGACUUUCUCCGGGCAGCAGAUUUUUGCUUUGGAGAAAACCUUCGAACAGACGAAAUACUUGGCAGGACCGGAGCGAGCCCGGCUCGCCUAUUCCCUCGGGAUGACCGAGAGCCAAGUGAAGGUCUGGUUCCAGAACAGACGGACCAAGUGGAGGAAGCGACACGCGGCAGAGAUGGCCUCGGCGAAGAAGAAGCACGACUCGGAGACGGAGAAGCUGAAGGAGAGUUCGGACAAUGAGGACGAUGACGAAUACAAUAAACCCCUGGACCCCAACUCAGACGACGAAAAAAUCACGAGGCUAUUGAAAAAGCACAAAUCCACCAACCUGUCCCUCGUCAGCCCCUGCAGCACCAGCUCGGACACCUUGUGAGGGCACCGACGGCUGCAGAGCCCGAUCCUACAUGGAUGUUUCAAGUGGUGUGUUGUACAGCCUAAGAUGUAUGUGAAAUGUAUAUAUUUUUUACAGAAUAAGUUAUGAAAUUAUUUUCCUUCUCAUCGGUGUAAAUUUCAGAGGAAUUUUUUCCAAAUGUUCCGUUUUUUUGGUUUGUGUCCCGUUAAGGUUUGAGGGUUUUUUUUUUUUGUUUCUUUUUUUAUUUUUUGCCCCUUUUUCUUUUUUAGCCUUCUCGACGAUUUCCUGCUCCUAACAAUCAGAUUUUUGUUACGUUUUGUAUGGGUCGCCAAAUCCGAGCUCAGCCUCUUUGUAUAUAGUAAAUUUCAGAUUUUUGUGAUGUAUAUUUCUAGUGUAAAAUCGGCUGUUUUCUUUCACUCCCUCCCUCUCCUCAGUGUUUCGGCGGUUUGAUUUCUCCUGCCUCUGGAUUUUACGCUUAACACUAUCAAACGGGAAAACAACACCCCCCCUAAAAAAAAAGCACGAGAGAAAAAAACGGGACACUUGAUUUUACAUUGGGAUCAAAUAAUGCCUCCACACGGGUUGGAAAGACUUUGUAUAAAUCAAUAAAUUAUUUAACAAGCUUCUCCUUGAGCCGCUUUGUACCUCUUCUCGCUCCCGGUCCCGCUCGCUGCCGGGAUGGGGCAGGAGAACGAUUUAUUCCGGGAGAAAAGAGCGAUUUGGGGCUUUCUCUUCCUUAAUCCGCUCUUCCCACGGUUCCUCUGCCCCGCGGGGACCCGCGGCCGGGAUUCCAAAUCCCGUGGAGAGGAGCAUGGAAAGGGGGACACGGAGCUGAACCGUCCGGCUUUAACCCGCCGUGUGCGGGGAGGACACCGAGACGCGUUUUGGUGCCUCUGGAAACGCUCGGGAAGGGAGGAAAGAGG